CCGGAUUCCAGGUAAGCAGCAUGUUUUGCGGAGUUGACGCUCCUCACUUGCACCGCCCCAGGCAAGAGCGAGGAGUGAGAGCGUGCAUGAGGAGAACAGAGGCCCCUGACACGUAGGCUUGGGCUUCUGGGCGGGCGGCCCCGGGUUCGGAGGGGUAAUAUUUCGGUUGGUGGGAAGCCGGCGCGAGGUAUCCAAGUGCGAGGAAUGCCGGAAGGUGUUGGCGGCAUCUUUGGCAGCACUGACCACGAGAUAAUCCAGAUGUGCUUGCUACCAUCCCCCCCCCAACCAGCCUCCCCACGUCACCGCCGCCAUCUUGUUUUAUGGGCACGGAGGGAACGCAAGGCUGUUCAGGUGUGCGCGGCAGCACAAAAUGACGGGCGUGGUGGCAGAGGACGUUGUGGGCAUGCGCGAUAGCGGCCCCUAAAUGUCGACCUCCGUGAUUAAGCCGCGCUGAUUCCCGCCUUGUCGGUCUUCGUCUCGUUUGUCCUUAGUUACUCCUUAUUUUGUUUCUCUUUUCCUUUUUCUAACCUUCUCACCUCUCUUCAUUCUCCUUUUCCAUUCCUCCAACUUUCCUUUUUUUCUUUUCCUUCCACUUCCACUGAUUCUCUCAUCUUUUUCCUUACUCUUCUCUAGAACUCGAAUUCCCUACCAUGUCGUCUGAAGAAGGAAAACUCUUCGUGGGAGGGCUCAACUUCAACACCGACGAGCAGGCAUUGGAAGACCACUUCAGCAGCUUCGGGCCUCUCUCUGAAGUGGUUGUCAUCAAGGACCGGGAGACUCAGCGGUCCAGAGGUUUUGGCUUCAUCACUUUCACCAAUCCAGAGCAUGCCUCAGAUGCCAUGCAAGCCAUGAAUGGAGAGUCCCUGGAUGGCCGCCAGAUCCGUGUGGACCAUGCGGGCAAGUCAGCCCGGGGAACCAGAGGGGGUGCCUUUGGGGGUCAUGGGCGUGGUCACAGCUACUCUAGAGGUGGUGGGGACCAGGGAUAUGGGAGCAGCCGGUAUGAUAGUCGGCCUGGAGGAUAUGGAUAUGGAUAUGGAAGGUCCAGAGACUAUGGUGGCAGAAACCAGGGUGGUUAUGACCGCUACUCUGGAGGGAAUUACAGAGAUAAUUACGACAACUGAGAUGAGAUACACAAGGAAUAAAAAUUCUUCUGAUCCAGCAUCGUCUUUCCAAAUGGCUGUAUUUAUAAGAUUUUUGGAGCUGCACUGAAGCAUCUUUGUUUUAUAGUACAUCAACUUCUAUUUUUGAAUUGAGCUCCCAGGGUAGCUUCUCACAGACCUUUUAGAAAGCUCCAUGUGUUUCCAAUUUUUUUUUCCCUCCAUUUGCAAAUUCUGGGACAUUGUAAAGUCUGGGUAUUUUUCUUUUACUAGUUUUUUAGUUUGGGCUCUGGAAUUAAUGGUUCU